GGGAUACCUCAGAAGCGGAAUAGCUUUGUCUUCCAUUGGAUUAUCUACUCAAAUUUACAGCCUUUGCCAUCUCAGUGAAGGUGUAAAGUGAGAGGCUGCACUUUAACGCAAAAUGCAGGCAACAAGCUUCCUCGUGGGAGUUUUUCUCGUUUUAGGCGCUUUAGAAUCUUGUCAUUCCUCCAUGAUGAAAUCAACUCCUGAGUCAGAUCUACUAGAUACACUCGAUCUAGAAAACUGCAAUCGUCUUGACGUGAGAGAACGUUGUAUCACAGUACCCAAAGCUGAAUAUCGCACCUUUGACGGCACCUGUAACAACCUCUGCAAUAUCACCAAUGGAGCCGCCGGUAUACCAUUUUCACGUAUUCCAGGCCUAGAUCCUCCCACUGCUUUUGCCCCAGGCUUCAAACCCCGAAUAGAUUCGGCUGUCUCUGGCAAACAGCUCACAUUAGCAAGGACAAUUAGUACAGCUGUCUUCGCCAGCUCAGACGCUAAUGUGAACGACACCGCUCCAAAUUUUACCCACGUGACAAUGACUUGGGGGCAAUUUUUGGAUCAUGAUUUGACCCUGACUCAGUUGGUUCCAGAAAUAGAGUGUGGGGAGCAGGAGAAACCAUGUCAAGAAAUCGAAGGAUGCACUAACAUUCCCAUUCCAACUGCUGUGCCACUUGUUAAUAAUCAGACCGUACAGUGUAUACCCCUAAGGAGGGCCAGUCAGAAUGAAGAAGGCGAGCAGCUAAACAUCAUAACUUCCCACAUGGAUGGUUCACAAGUGUAUGGUUCAGAUAAGGAAAAUGCAGAGGAGCUCCGUGACGAAGAGGAUCCGAGAUUUUUGGCAACCAUGCCAUACCCAGUAUCUGAAGUUGAGCGGCGAUGCGGACUCCUUCCAGAGGCGGAGGAAGAGGCUUUCUGUAGAUCCCCGAAACCAAAGGAUAAGCCUUGUUUCCGGGCCGGUGACGAAAGAGUUAAUGAAAAUCAAGCGUUAAUGGCAAUGCACACGCUGUGGGUUCGCGAACACAAUCGUAUCGCCGCUAGACUGACGGAACUUGAUAAACAUUUGGGGGCUGAGGAAGUUUAUCAGCUGGCGAGGAAAAUCGUGAUCGCUGAACUUCAGCACAUCACUUACAACGAAUGGCUUCCAGUGCUCUUCAGUGAGGAAAUUCUGGAAAGGGAAAACUUAACGUUGGCGCCAAAAGGUGAAUUCUUCGAUGGAUAUGAUCCAAGCGUGAAUCCAACAAUUCACAACAGCUUUGGUGCAGCGGUGCUGAGAGUGGGUCAUACCUUGAUUCGAUCUAAAUUCCUUUUGGUUACAAACUCAAGGUUCAGGAGAAGCAAGCGGCGUUUUGCUUUAGAAAAAUUGGAUCUGGACUUUUUUAAUCCCCAAAAAUUAUACCUUGGAUUAAAAAUCAACUUCGUGGAUGAAAUCUUACAUGGUCUCGUUGUUGAACUGGCACAGCUGAUCGACAAGAACUUUGUUGAACCUAUACGGGAAAGUCUCAUUAUUGAAGGACCGGAUAUUAAUGGUAUCGUCGGCGACCUUACUGCAAUAAACAUUCAACGUGGUCGGGAUCAUGGCCUACCACCCUAUGCAGUUUUCCGAGAACUUUGUGGAGCAGGAAAGGCGAAAUUCUUUCCUGACCUUCUCACCACAACAACACAGAAAAACAUCGACAAUCUCAAAUCAGUGUAUCUAACUGUGAAAGAUAUCGAUCUCUUCCCCGGCGGCAUCACCGAGUCUCCUGUUAAGGGAAGUCAAAUGGGGUUCACCUACACUUGCCUUAUGACCAAGCAGUUUUUUAACUUGCGCUUCGGUGAUCGAUUUUGGUAUGAAAGGAACAAUCCUGAAACUGGGUUCACCAUUGAACAACUGGACCAGAUACGACAUGUCUCACUGGCACGAGUGUUGUGCGACAACAAUAAUAGCGUGUUCUUCAUUCAGGGAAAGGCCUUCCGUCCGAAAACGGGUAAAAGUGGAGAUAAUCCGGUAGUUGAUUGCGACUUACUGCCCAUGAUGGACUUGGAAUUUUUUGUAGAGAAAAAAGAGGAACCAAUGAAAGUUGAAAUGCCCGCUGAAACAGCCGUCUGACGAGUUAAAGGCCUGGUAUGUUCGAUUUUGAAGAAAAGGCAUGUGCAUCGGACUUGCUGAUGGAUAACACUGUUCUCUUUUUCAUUUAUUUAUUUAUUUAUUUGAAUAUGCCUCAAGUAAGCAAUUAAUAAGCAAUUAUUAGGUUAAGUUAUUAACUGUGAAACUGUUCAACAAAAGGAAUUUAGGCGAAAGAUCAAGCGACGAAUGUGUUUUGCAAGAGCUCUAUGUCUGUGGGUUACGAUGGCUCAUUUUGUCAUUUUUCGUAUUCGGUAGUCAAGUUAAUGUAGUCCAUGAUCACUUCAAUUAUUUCUCAGUUAUGUUGUAGAAUUCAGUCGGUAA